CGACGCUAAACGGAACCAAGCUGGCAACCCGGGCCGCCGGCCUGCUCGGUCGGCACAGAGGGAAGAUGGUGGAGUCCGCGACAGCAGCGUGCUCAACACUCCGUCCCACACGCUCCAGGGAACCCUCCCUGCCUCGGCCUGGUACAGGACACAGAUUACCCGGGGACAACCACAGAUAAUACAGCGACACGACCGUGACCCCCCCCCCCCCCCUCUCCUCCUCCUCCUCCCCCUCCCCCGGAACAACUCGCUCUAAUUCUCCACUCCGAGGAGGGCGGAGAGUUGUGGAACGCGGUGGCGGGUCGGUGUUCGCUGGGGGACGCCAGUCGUCGUUAGCCGCAGUGAGGAAGUGUGGAGGGAGACCCGGCUCCUGGAGCUCUCUGCCGUCCGGUCCGCCGCCGCCGCCGCCGCACUCGACAAACUUACCAGCGGAGCCGGGCCGCUGUUCGGCACUGGGCGCAGGCCAACUUCGGUUAGCUCCCCUCGGCUAGCUCCGGUCGGAGCGGCUCCUCGACAUGCCGCGGAGCAAGAAAGGGAAACGUGGCUCCGGCAAACCGGGCUCCCUCCGUCAGGAGGUUCUUCAGCUGCAGCUGUCGACUAAAGCGUCUCUGAAAGGUAUUAGAAAUGGGGUGAAGGGGGAGUCGGGUGCCAGUGACGAUGAGCUGACAUCUGAUAUUCUCAGCCACUGCAGCAGUGCCAGCGAAACAGCUUCUGUGCUGGAAGAGGGCACAGGGGCUGAGCAGGUGGAUGAGCUGACCGCCCAGGAGGAAACAGAAGAUAAACUCAAACAGUGUAUAGACAACCUGACAGAUAAAAGUGCUAAGACUCGCCUGGCCGCUCUGGAGUCGUUGCAACAGGCCUUCUCCUCCAGAGUGCUGUACGACUUCCUGACAGAGAGACGCCUCACUGUGAGCGACUGCCUGGAAAGAAACCUUAAAAAAGGCGGUGGAGAGGAACAGGCAGCGGCGGCCACAGUCUUCGCCCUGCUCUGCAUCCAGCUGGGGGGUGGAGACGAGGCAGAGGAGGGCUUCAAGAUGCUUCGCCCUGUCCUCACUGCCCUCCUCAUAGACAACACUGCCAGCAUAGUCGCCCGCCAGAGUUGUGCCAGAGCUUUGGGGAUGUGCUGUUAUGUGUCUACUGCUGAAGAAGGAGAGGACUUGGUCAAGUCGUUGGCCCUCCUGGAGAGCAUAUUCAUGUCUUCCUACCCCAACAGAGAGGGGACACUGCCCACGCCUAAACCUGGUUGUCCAGGCCUCCACAUGGCUGCUCUGCAGGCCUGGUCCCUGCUGGUCACCCUCUGUCCCGCUUCCAGACUCACUGUGCUGCUCGACCUUCACCUCCCCAAACUGCAGGCGUGUCUGCAGAGCAACGACGUCAACUACAGGAUCGCAGUGGGAGAGACGAUCGCCCUGCUGGUGGAGCUGGGGCGGGACAUAGACGAGGAAUUUGAGGUGGAGGACAGUGAAAGUCUGUGUGAAUGUCUGAAGAGUUUAGCAACAGACGGCAACAAACACCGAGCCAAGAACGACAGGAGAAAACAACGCUCCAUCUUCAGGGAGGUGCUACAUUACAUAGAGCAGAACGAGGACUUCACGGUGGAGAAGAUCCGGUUCGGAGUGGAGAGCGUUUACAUCGACGCCUGGAUGAGGAGAAGAAUCUACGAUGCCUUCAAAGAGAUCCUGGAGUCCGGAGUCAGGCACCACCUGCAGUUCAACCCACUACUGAGAGACAUCUUCGGCCUCGGUCCCCCCCUCAUCCUGGACGCUACCGUCAAAAGCAACAAGAUCUCACGAUUCGAGAAGCAUCUUUUCAACUCGGCUGCCUUCAAGGCCAGGACGAAACAGAGGAACAAAGUCAGGGACAAACGGGCUGACGUCAUGUGAGAGAAGGACGGGGUUAAGGGAUGAGAUGGAUACAAAACGAUGCCUUAAGUGCUCCAGCUGUCCGACACACUCGGCAAACCCCCAAAAAGGGCUUUUUCACCUGCAACUAAAUUCUCCAGAUUCAAGAUGGCCACCCUUUAUUCUUUUACUCCCGUGGGCAAAGGAACUUUUUUACAAUUGCUCAUUGUUUCACACAGACCAACUGUAAAUCAAUGCUAAACUUCAUUCCACAGAAGAGUAGCUGUUCUGUGCACAUUUAAUGAGAUCUUCAGAUGUCAGAAAAGGACUUUUGUACAAUAAAAAAACCACAGAGGAAGUAAGGUAUUAAGUCUCCCUGUAAGAGUCGGACAUUUUGAAGCUUUCUGGUACAUUUCAGAUCUGUGGAGGGGUCACUGAAACCCUCUUUGGUGCUGAUGGUUAUUGUUUUUAAUACACUGCUUUAGCUACUGCCCUGUGGUUUGACAGGUCAGUCAAAUCACUUUUUUAAUCCUAAUUUCUGUUGCCUUGUCCUGGACGUAACGGGUCCUGGUUGAGCGGAAUGUUCUGUAACGAAAACCAAAAAAGAAUCCACAGGAAACUCUUCUUCUAUGGGCGGAAUUGUUCCUUGCCUCCCCCUCAUUCGUCCUCUUGUCUCCACACAGUCACCACUACAGCUGCCAAACCAGAAACGGAUUUUAACAAACAGCGCAAUUUAGAAGAAAAUGAGUGUGGUGUUUGUGUGCAAUUGUUUUUAUUGAAUUUUAUUUAACAACCAUGAGGUAAAAUAAAAACAAAAACAGAAAAUAUGCCUAAUUAAAACAAUGAAAUCAAUGAGCUAAUAUUGUCAUAAUUUUAUUCAUAUUUUUGAGAGGACAAAUACGUUUUAACCAUUUCUGGUGGAUAAUUGUAAUUGUCUUUCUAAUUUAUUCUAAAGAACAGCGGGAAUUUUUAAGAAACUUUAAAACUGCUAUGAACUGUUUACAGAUACAAUUAUGGGAAGAUUACAAGUAUUUCUAUUUUUGGGGGUUUUAUUGUAUUUUAAUGCGGGUUUGGUGGGUCAUACAAUCUAUCCGUGUGUGUGUAUUGCACAUAAACUGUACAUAAGGAUUCAUGAGGAGACAGACAUGUACUUGAACCAUUAGAUGCAUUUGAAUGAUCUCACCUCUGAUGAGCAGUAGACACACACACAGGCCUCUAACCAGAGCUGCUGAUCACAGGACUUUGGUGGUGUUUAUCCUCGUGGUUGGGUUGGCGUCUCAAAUCCAUUUGAAUUAGAUUCAAAAGGCAUAUUUAAGAGCUGCACGGAAGUCUCUGUACCUUGUUGGAAAUUUCCAAGCUGCUGCUGAGACUCCCCAAAGUGUCUUAUCAGUAGUUCUGGUGCUAAGGCCCAAGGGAUCAUGGAUGUAAUGAAAUAAAGAAUAUGUGACCACUUUU